AUGCCAACAGAUUUGUUCAGGAGAAUGUCUUCCCCAACAUCACCUCCGCCGAAGACCUUUUAUGGUUGGGUCGCGCAUAGUGCUACCAGUCCUUUAACUUUCACCACCUUCGAGCCCAAGCCGUUCACGGACAAUGAUAUCGAAAUCAAGAUAUCCCAUUGCGGUAUCUGUGGGUCGGAUAUUCAUACCCUCCGCUCUGGUUGGGGCCCUACAGACUACCCCUGUGUUGCUGGGCAUGAGAUUGUUGGAACGGUCGUUCGAAUCGGGCCUGGAGUUGCGACACUUGCAUCCUCGCCAGCAGCCCGCGAAAUCAAAAUCGGUGAUCGAGUAGGAGUUGGUGCCCAGUGUAUGUCUUGUCUGCGACCCGACUGCGAGGCUUGCGCAGACGGUAAAGAGAACUACUGUACGCGGAUGGUUGGGACGUACAACGGGCGCUAUGCAGACAAAAGCAAGUCCUACGGAGGGUAUGCUACAUACUGGCGCGGUCCUGCGCAUUUCGUUUUCAAAAUUCCAGACCAGCUCUCGUCAGCGGAGGCUGCGCCAUUGCUUUGCGGCGGUGUUACGGUAUUCGCGCCUCUCUUUAAAUAUGGAGCCGGGCCAGGGAAAACAGUCGGUAUUGUUGGGGUGGGAGGUUUGGGACAUAUGGGGAUCCUGUUUGCCAAAGCUCUGAAUUGCGAUCGUGUAACUGCGAUCUCUCGCACGUCUAGCAAGAGAAAUGACGCCCUGCAAGGCUUGGGAGCAGAUACUUUCAUCGCAACAGAUGAAGAACCAAAUUGGCAUAAAACGCACUCGCGCUCAUUAGACUUGAUAAUCUGCACGGUGUCAUCUCCAAAAAUGCCAUUGACGCAAUAUUUGCGCUUGCUCAAAUUGGACGGAACAUUCGUGCAGGUCGGGGCUCCUGAACAGCCGCUACCGGCUCUCCGCGCAUUUUCUUUGAUCCAGAAAAGAAUCAAGGUGACGGGUUCUAAUAUUGGAUCUCCUGGCGAUAUCAGGCGCAUGCUCCAGUUGGCUGCUGAGAAGCGUGUUCUGCCGUGGAUUCAGGAGCGGCCGAUGGGAGAUGUCAAUGCUGCCCUGGCCGAUAUGGAUAAUGGGAAAGCAAGGUUUCGGUACGUGCUGGUCAAUAAGACAGAAGCGCAGUCACAUCUGUAG